GGUACCACUGCAUCCAUUUUGUAUCAAGUUUAGUCGCACUUGGAAAAGCCUAUUAAAAGUUAUGGAGGGGAGCAGAGUUAAAACACUGGUACUGUAUUUUCACAUACGUUCCAAAAAAAAUUAGUUGAUGACAAAAACGUUGUGUAAGAUAGUGUGAAAAAUUAAAAAAUGAUGACUUAUUGUCAUCUUAUGACAAUGGUUAUGACAAGACGUGUAACUAAAUAAAUAAACACUUGAACUUAUUUGCAUUCCAAACUUCUCCUUUCUUAGCAUAUACGAAGAAAGAGCACGUACUUCUAUUGAAAAUUGAAAAUUUGUAUUAUAUCAUUAACGUAUAUUAUUUAAUAUUAUUUUUUAUCCCAUGUAUCAGAAAAUUAAAAAAGCUUGAAACCGUAAAUGUUUAAAUGGCUAGUGUCAUUGUGAUCAAAUAAACAUUUGAUCACAAUUCGUAUAAUGAAUAUACGUCAUUAUAUGGUCAAGUAGACGAAAGUGAUAGCGAUAAGUUGUCAGGGUAACCGAAAAAAAGUAAUAGUGAUAGAUUGUUUUCUUUUAAUUACAGAGAUUGGGGACUUGGAUUCAAUCAUAAAGAAGCCUAAAUAAUAGAAGCGAGCGUGCAAUGAAAACAAUAAGCCGAACAGCAUUUAACGUUGAAAGAAUAUCAGGACAGGAAAUAUAAUUACAUAUAUAUAUAAAAGACAUCUGUUACACUGUCAGGGACAGCAAUUAGAGGCCCUUAAACGAGGUUGACGGUGAUGGCUACUAAAAAUAUAGCUUGCAAAAAAAAUUAGAAAUGUAACCCUAAAUGAGCAAUAAAAGUGGAGUUGAUGACAAAAACUUUGGUGAAGUAUAGAACUUGGCAAGAGAGUGUAAAAAAGUAAAAAAUGAUGACUCAUGUUCUUCUCAUGACAAGUUGUGUGUAAUUAAAUAAAUAAAUACUUGAAAAUGUUUGCAUUCCAAAAUACACUUUUGUAACAAAAACUCUCCUUCGUUGACGUUUUUAGUACUAAUACUUUUAGUACUAAUAUAAAGGAAUUUAAUACAUAUACUACAAUGCUUUAAAAACGCUCGGCUGUGUAUCUUUAGGGGCGUCCAAUUUAGAACUGGAGAUGAAGGUUUAAGAAAGAAACUUUUGAUAAAAUUUUACAAUUUUAAUUUAUCUCUAUCAUUAUAUUAAAAGUUAGUGCAGCAUUUAUCAUAUCUUAUUUCUUCCUUAUGUUUAAAGUGGGCUUCAUGAAUAUCAUUAUUAAACAGCCCCAAACUCGUCCCCAGCGCCUUUUGUUUCUUUUUUUUAAUGAACAGACAAAAGUUGCUGGGACGAGUUUGAAACAGCUCUUUAAAGAAAAAGGUGGUGGUCUUAGUAGAUGAGCGUUUAUUAAAAGAAAAUACUGAAAGGACAAAACAAUAAAUUGAGAAAGAGUUUAAAUAAACGUAGCGAGCGUUUAUCGAAAGCAUUAUAGUAGGUUUCUCACAAAAAAUUAAAAACAGGGGUGUACUAAAACGAUAAUUUUUUUUAUAAUAUGGAGGAGUGUGUUUGUGCUAGAAAAUAUUACAUAUAAACAAUUUCGUGGUCAGAUAGACGAAAGUAAAAAGAAGAUAAUCUUAAUUAAAACCAUGGAUUUUGUUGUUUACGAAAGUAGAGCGAUAUGAACUUUGGACAUAUCAUCCGAGGUAGACGAAAGUGAUAGCGAUAGGAGAAUGAGAGUAAUUAAAUAAAAAUGGACGCGUAUUGAUUUACUGACGUCAAAUGUUAAAAUGGAAAUAAAUAAAAGACAUUAAAAUACAAUCGUGCAUUUCAGCCUUUAUGUAAGUUAAGCCAGUUCGACUUCCUAACCUCCUGACUAGGAGCAACCUCGUCCCCAGGGCAUCUUGUAUCUUUCUGACAUCACUUUUUAUUGUUUACUGAAACCUUCUUCGGUGAAGAGACUAUUUAAAGCUAGUCCACGGAUUUGUUUGCCCUUUUUACACCGCAUUGCGUGUGUCUUGCUACUUGCCGUACUAUUUUGCGUAACAGACAGACGUAGACGGGUAUUAAUAAUAUAGAUUAGUCGCGGAUGAAGCUAUAUAUUCCAUAAGUUUAAGUUUGUAAUUAUGUCUAUGCAGAACGACCUUAUUUGUAAUUAGAUAUAAUCAUUAAUAAUAUAUAAUUGCAUGUUAUUUUUGUAUGUAAGAAUAUUUCUUUUACAAAAGCGACUAUAAAAAACAUCCCCCUAAAAACUUCCAUUUACAUUCUUGAUUGGUUAGAACAAAUCACGUUACAAAAUUAAAGUCAUUUCACUUGCUAGGAAUUUCAUUGUCUGCCAAUUUAAUCUUACUGGCGGGUUGUGUAACUACAAUGAAUGUAAAUACUUUGUCACAAAUUUAUGUUGGGACAUACUCACGUUGCCUAUUUUGUUUAAAUCUUUUUCAUUGAAUUAACAAACGUUUUAUGAUAAGAAACAACAAAUUAAAAAAAAUUUCUGCACGUGGUUUCUUCCACGGGUUUAAAAAUUAGUACAUUACUACGCUAGUUCUAGUCUGUAUGUAACAAGCAAAGUAGAUGUGUUGUUUUUGAUUAAAAAAAUAGCCGUAGCAACAUUUCACAUUUGCCAAUUUAUAUUGUUUAAAUAACACUUGGGGCAUGAAGAAAAAAAUCUGGUAAAUUCGGACUUGCUAUGGAUUCCAAUUGUUUUGUCAAAUGAAGAAAUUAUCUACAAUUAAAUCCAUGAUAAAAUGUCUGUUCCGCCUGUAAGUGCAGUUUUGCAGACUUGCUUCAUCCGUGCUUCGUCGGCGUUCACCUCCGCAUUAGUUAAGAACCGCAUGGCUGGAUUUCUUGUGUAAGACCUGGUUACCAACGACGAAGGGGUCAGGCAAAAGAGAUUCAUGUCUACGUAGUUCUUUUAACUAAGUCAGGAAUCGGUGAAUUAGCUAGGAUGGUCAGGUUGGCUAUGAAUAGGCUUGCUGAUGGAUAAAAAGUGUUCGACCAAGACGGAAAUCUAUCGACGUUUUGUCCGAUGAACGUUAUAAACGAGCUAAGGACAUCUCCGAACAAACUGGAAAUGUGGCGGGCAUUUUGUCUGACGAGUCUCCAAAAAUUAUUUCGAAGGGUGCCAUCGCACGUGUUUUACGCGUAUGCCAAGGCAUGCGCGUGCGAUCGCACGCCUCUUCUGAAAAAGCCUGUUAUUUUUAAUUUACAAUCAAAUAUUCUCGUCGUCAACUUAAUUUGUGUGAGAAAAAUCAAUUUCAGGUAUUUAUUCACUUUCUUUGAAGCCAGUAUACACCACCAUUCGGACCUGGAUAUUCUCUACGUAUCCUAGACACGACACAAGAUGGUAUCACCCGACGAACACCUUUUCCCAAGUGGUUAUGAACAAACCAAUAGAAUUGGCGGUAUGCCGCAUAUCGAUAAGAUCUAAAAAUAUCAUCCUCAAAAAAGAUUAGAAGCAAGAGUGCUAGCGACUUAUUUGUUAGAAACUUCGUCCUUUUUUUUAAGUCUACGGCUUUCCUGAUUGUGAAGAGCGACUAUCGCUGUCCACAAAGUGUUGUUUAAAAUCACAACAGCGUUGAAAUCUUCGUGCUUUGUUAUACAUUUCUUCUCAAAAACACAACAGAAACCUUAUACCCAGGCGCUCAUUUAUAAUACAACCAAAAGAAAAAUGUGAAGUCAAAUUUUAUAGGUAGCGUAGCUGGAAGUAAUUUAUAGUGUCCACCUCGUUACAGCAUAAACAGUCAACAGCUAUAGGCAUCUUUUCGCACUUUUGCACACAGGCACCACUCACUGAUCUGGUGUGUCUGCUUCAUUGUCAUUAUAAGAGGGAAUUUGUUGUUUGUUAUUGAGUCGUUCUGGCUCAAACUGAAAUUCAAUUAUGUUUACAUUUCUGUUUGUGAACAUGAUUGAUAAUUGUAAAAAAAUUCUAUUGGAAAUAUCAUUAACAUUUUUUCGUUAUUUCUCUAACUGCAUGCGCCAAUCUCUACACGGGGUAAAUCAAUGAAUACGUCAUUGCAUAAAUUGCGCAUAUUAAUGUUUUUACCCAGUCCUUUUCCGCUUUCGAAGUUCAGUAAAGAUGAGGAUUGAGAAUGGCAUGGUCAAGUAAACAAAUUCAGUUUAAACUUAAGCUGGAUUUCCAUCAGUGCGAGUUCUCUUAUCGCUCUGGCUUUUUUGACCAAUUGAUUUUUUUCGCACUGGUGGAAAUUCCAGAGCGACACUUUUUUUUGCUUUUAUCGCCCAAUUUCAGUGCGUAGUUAGAGCGACAAUUAUCACAAAGUUUUAAUAUUUAUCGCUCUGAGUUUUCGCCCGAAAGUGCAACUUCAACGAAAUAUCGAAUGUCCUUUUAAAGAAAUUGAAUAGAUUCUAUUGAAGUGUAACUUCAGCACAUGCUUACACGUGUUGAGCACAAGAAAUAGUUUCAUAUGUGUUAUGAAGCGAGCAGUGUUGUAAAACAAGUGUUAUUAAAUGGGAAAAACAAAUAGGUGCAACUUAAAGGGAAGAUGAGUACUUAGCAGAGGCUGUUCGAAAUUUUAUUAUGUCUUUACGGCAAAAGUUGCAAAGGAGUAUCAAGAAAAAAGAUCGAGUGGCAAAUGCUUGGGGGAAAGUUGAGGAUGUGAAGAGGGUAAAGUUUAUCCUUUUUCGUCAGUUCAAUGCACUAUAUUUUUGCGCUGUUAAACCUUGAGCGUAUUCAGCUUAUUCUAUUACUUAAUUGGAAAAAAUGUUUUUUAUAUUCAACUGUUUUAAGGUUAAGCUUUUCAAAGAUGGGACAACUUAAAAAAGAUACAGCAAGGAAAGGAAUAACCUAAAAAGGAAAUUUGCAUCGGGAUCAGGUUUGGCUGACGUUGAAUCGUGUGUCAAAUUUUAAAGGAAUACUCGUUUUUGUCUUGGCUUGAUAAGUAUUCAAAUUAGAGACACAAAAUCAAAUAUAACGGCUCCGGAGGAUGAGGAGGAUAUUGAUUCUUAUUCGGAGGCGGCGGUUGAAAUUAUUUAAAUAACAAGAAUGACCCUACAACAAAAUCACCAAGUUUGGCCAAGAUGACAACUAUUGCCCUCAUUGUGCAAUUUCACUUCUUAAAGCAGUUGAUUAUGCACUCCUUUCAAUUCUCUUUCUCUAUAAAUUUGACGAACACGAGAAAAUGGCGAUUUUCUUCGUCUCUUUUUUUUACUAUUAAGGCCACAGCUUCUUCUUUUUUCUGAACUGUCUGCCAUCUUGAAAUGCGUGUGUUCACAUAAGAAAAUUUCGCACAAAUAAUAAUUUGAAUAAUAAUUUGAAACUCAUUUACAGCGUAGAACUCCUGUUGCACUAAAAUUUUGUGUAAUUUUAGACUAUAGGAAGAUUCGCUUUAAUGGAAACCCACCUUUAUGAGAGACAAUUUCGGUUGUAUUUAAAAUACUUUUUUCUUUACUUUUCCAUGUAACUAAUAUCAAGUUUUGAUUUUUUACCGGGCAGUACCUUUAUAACGCGUAAAAACCUUUUUGAAAAAUUUUGCGCAACUUCGGUUUAAAUAAGUCUAGUUUUGAAUUUAUUUUGCUUUAUGAUCAUUUUUUAUCAUUUACCAGUCAGCUAUUUCAGGUUAACUGUCUAUAAGUUUUUUUUUAUCACAAAUAUUUAUAUGUGGUUUACUUGCGAAGGUUUAUUUUAAUCACAUGCGUCAUCUGUAAAGAGUACUCACCAGACCACAGACAUUUGUGUCAACAUUCUUUGAUCUCUUUAAUAAAACCCGUAUUCUAUUUGUCUGCUUGCGCGCGAGAAAAAAAGUCGUGUUGCGGAAACACGAAAUACGAACAGUAUAAUAAUUAUUAAAUAGUAUUAUUGUAGUUUUAUUUAUUUUUCGAAUUUUUAUUAGACACCUUUUGAAUUCUCAUCAAAUUUUGUGUUGGACGUGAUAAAAAGGGAAAGUGAACAGAAAUGUCUGCUUUUUGUCGAUAACAGCGCUGGUUAAUUAAUCAAGUUUUGAAUGUAGGUAAUCCCCAGUUACCUAGGGUGGAGCAGCUGAUGCCAGUUGCCUCUAAAAGAUUUCCCUUUUUUAGCCUCACACUCAAAAGUGCAAUGCAAUGGCUUCGCUAAUUUCAUAACGGAUUGACGGCAGUCUAAAAGGCUUUAACGUCGUGACGUAACGUCGAUAAAGUUAACAAAUUAGACAUAACGGUUUUAGCGGCUUCAAAAGUAAAUGAAAACAACCCAUUCUUCUUAUACACUGUCACCAUUUUAUGAUAAAGGAUUAAAUAGUAAAUUAGUUCUCUCGAAGUGUGGUUAGUACUACAAACUAGUCGUUAUCCCGUGAAAAAAUUCACAAGAAUUCAUCUGCCAGAAAUAUCCACGAAAAUAUUCCCGUCACCAUUUGCAGCUACCAUUUGACACAGUGAGUAUCCUAAUAUAGACUAGUCGUUAACCCAUAAAAAACACACGAGGUGUCCCGUCUUUAAGUUACACGUUACUUUGUGUGCCCGUAACACGAUAUGUUUUUUGCGACAUGCAUGCAAAAUAUGUCUGUUGUUAAUUACACUUGUUGGCAUUACGUGGAAAAAUCCAAGAACCACCGGCGAUUCAAUAUAACACCAAAUAUAUUAAUCAUUUAUUUAUGAUGCCAUAAUAAUAGAAUUUCAUGACUAACUGUAGCGAAUGCUGUGCUGAGAUCAAUAAGGUUUGAUAUAUCUCUUGACUCAACUGAAUGAUUGCAUGAUCAUUUGACUGGCCUGCCAAACAGCCAAAUGUCUUAUUAUACUCGCACUUUGUCGGAAUUUAAGUUUAUGUAUAUUUUUAAGAGUCUUGGGCUGUUUUCCUUACUGAUAACGUUGCUUAAAUAGACUGUGGUAACACAUGGGUGUUAAACACAAUCUGGAGUAUUUCCAUUCAGACUGAAGAAGUAAAGAGGGGUAGAGUGGAGCAAAAUUCGAAAACGGACUUCAAAUUCCAAUCUUAUCUUUUGUUUUUUCAAACCAAUCAAAAAUCAGUUAUACAAAACUUUAACCCGCAAAAUUAUAUCUUAAAAACAAAUUGGGACACUGUGAAGUCUUAAGUUGUAAAGAAUUCGUUAUAUAGUCUCCCUUUCUCUAAUAUUAUUGUAAGAGAAAGUAAAAAAAUGUGAUCUCACAUCAGUUUUAAAAAGUUGUGAUGAAAAACAAAUAAAACAAUACGGUAAAUUUAAAAAUAGCCAUUUUACAAAUUGUUUAUCGGUAUACUACAACCUAUAUGCUGAAUAAUUAAUUUAGUAGUAUUAAAACUAUAAUUUGCUUCGUAGAAACAACGAACAAACGCACUAAUAAACAUUAUAUGUAGAAAUAGAAGAAACGUUCUGUUAAGAGCAUUUUUGAAGAAAGAACGUCAACGCGGAUAUUAUAGUCAUGGCAACGGCAGUACCUCCAACAGGAUCUUCUCACCACGCAUUGAUCACUAACAAUGAAUAUCAAAUUAAAUUGGUUACACUUCUCAAUGAAUGUUGUGACCACUUACGUGAAAUUUUACAUGAUCCUGCCCGUGGCAACAUGCCAAGGGAUAAGAAACAAUUAUAUUUGUCAUUGAAAAAAUAUAAGAAACAUUUAAACCAUCUGAAAAGAGAUCAGCUGGAAAUCGUUUUUCCGCAAGAUAAGAAAACAGAUUCGGAAUUGUUUGACAUCACUAUUUUAUGUGACGUUCUAAUUAAUUGUUGUCACGGUAUACAAGCACCAAUUGGUGGGUGGAGGACCAGAACACCGCAACCAAAUGAUUUCAGUGUCGGUGCUGACAUCAUUCGAAUCAGAAAUGAGCGCAAUAAUGUUAUGCAUGGAAGAGCAAUGAGUUCAGCACAAUAUAAUCAGCUAUGGAAUGCCAUAGAAGGUAUAUUAAGAAGACUCGGAUACGACAUAACGAAAAUUAAAGAUUUGAAAUCUGGUUGCUUGAAUGACUUAGACUUAUUUAAGAUCGAAAUUAUGAAAGCAGAUACUGAAAUUUUAAAUUUCAAUGUUAACAAUAAUAAAGACAGUAUUCAGCAAAACGAAGAUGGUAUUAAACAAAAUCAAGAUGACAUCAAAGCAAAUAAAGACAAUAUUCAGCAAAACGAAGAUGGUAUUAAACAAAAUCAAGAUGACAUCAAAGCAAAUAAAGACAAUAUUCAGCAAAACGAAGAUGGUAUUAAACAAAAUCAAGGUGACAUCAAAGCAAAUAAAGACAAUAUUCAGCAAAACGAAGAUGGUAUUAAACAAAAUCAAGAUGACAUCAAAGCAAAUAAAGACAAUAUUCAUCAAAACGAAGAUGGUAUUAAACAAAAUCAAGAUGACAUCAAAGCAAAUAAAGACAGUAUUCAGCAAAACGAAGAUGGUAUGAAACAAAAUCAAGAUGACAUCAAAGCAAAUGAAGACAAUAUUCAGCAAAACGAAGAUGGUAUUAAACAAAAUCAAGGUGACAUCAAAGCAAAUGAAGACAAUAUUCAGCAAAACGAAGAUGGUAUUAAACAAAAUCAAGGUGACAUUAAAGCAAAUAAAGACAAUAUUCUGCAAAACGAAGAUGGUAUUAAAGAGAAUAAAGAGAAUUAUAAUCGAUUAGCAGCCGAAGUGGAAAUAGUAAAGCAAACUAUUUCUUCAUCAUCAUGUGAUCAGAAGAGUUCUCAGUUGGAAGAAACUAUAAAAGAACAACCCAGUUAUAUGCUACUAAAAAAUUUUCAAGGAGAUUUUGUAAUAAAAUUUGAUGAUGACUGCUUCAACUGGUCUGCACAAAGUAUACAAACUAUUAUUACUAAAAAUUUUACAAGACAAUCAAAAGAACUUAAUUUCGGCGACGAUUAUUUUGUAGAAGAAAAAGAAGGAAAACUAUUACUGCUUAUUUACAAUCACAAAUCUAUCAAUGCUGAAUCUAUCAAUGGGUUAUCCAUUACGUUAGUUGACAGUGAAAGUAAAACUCAUUUGAUUUCAAUUGAAGAUAUUAAAUUGGUCCAAGCGCAUAUGUGUGAAACCAGCCAUUUUGAUGUAACAACGCACAACAGUAGAAGAAUAUCUGAACAGAUAAAAUGCAUUGUAGGAGCAGAAAGAGAAGAAGCAGAUAUUGAAUUUAUAUGUGGUGGUAGCCUGCAAACAAUGGAACCUAAGGAGUACGAAGCAUUUGAAAGAGAUUAUAUCCGGCGUUAUUUCACCGUCAAUGGUGAAUGCAUGGAAGAACCACUCCAAUUUCCACCUCCAAUGCAAAACGUCACACAUUCCUUAUUCGCACAAAAGAUAAAGGAUGUUAUAAUCGAAUUACAACAUUUGUUUACAAUAUUUACGCAUUAUAACACGAAGGAACAUAUUCGAUUUCUAAAACUGGAUAAAGAAUUUUCUUUGAGUUUGGAAAGCACAAUUACUGAUAACAAAAGAAUUCUACUUGUGUUGCCAAAUUAUAUCGUCAACAUUAGAUACACAGAAACAACCGACGCAGUUAGAAUACAAGAUGAAGUCAAAGCGGGCGAAGAGGACUUGAAGGAGCUAUCUAUCAUCACUAAAAAAUAUCUUAAAAAUGGUCACCUGAAAAUGGUUAAUGUUGUAGCUGCACCACAUUUCGAAGAUAUCGAAAAUAUCCACCUUUGUGUAGACUGCAACCUACUCUCCAAGAAAACUUUGGCUGAGGAUAGCAAUAUGAUGCAGUUCUUUUCAAAUAUUUUGCAAAGCUCACAAGCACAAAAUAAAGUUCAGGAUAACAAGGAACGGUAUAUCAACAUAGUCGGUAAAGUCAUGUGUUUUAUGGCUACAAGAAAAGCACUCUAUUCUGUUCCUUCACUCAGUAAAAACGUCCACGAACAAAUAAGCUCGUUAAUACUUUCUCCACAGCAACUCCGUCAUUUAUACAACAACUCUUUAAAAAAAAUUAUAAUCGGUCCCUUAGGCAGUGGUAAGACAGUGCUAGCUUUAGCACAUUUGGAAAUUGCUUACGAGCGCUCUGAGAAUAGAUCGAUCAUAUACUACGUAGUUUGGGACGGCAACACAUUGCUGAAACGGGAUAUUGUCAAUCAUACUAAAAGAUUUAAUUACAAAGCCGCUGUCGAAGUUGUUGUAAAGGAUAAUGUCGAGUUAGCUCAGGAUUUGAAAAUGAAUGAAGUGCCAACACCAUACCAGUUAAUAGAGUCAUUGGUUAAGAAACAUGUUGACCAAAACCUGCAUCUAAUAAUUGAUGAAUUAAAUGGAGAGUUAUUGAACAAGGAAGAAUCAUCUUUGCUUAAACACUAUCUGGAGACUGAAGGAAAAUUAAAUAACUCCUUCAUCAUUUUUUUCCCACAAUCCAUUGAGAAACAUAGAACAUUAAUUUCACACCAAAAAGUCACAAUACAUGACAAGUACAAGUAUGAAGAAACAGGAAUGAAAGUAUUAAAACUUAACAGAGCAAUGAGAACAACCCGGAUAAUCUUUCAGUUUUUAAAGGCUUUUGAAAAUGAAGUAGAACAAGACAAGGUAACAAUUAAGCUUCCCGAUCAGGAAUCAAAAGAUGCAAUAUCCACCAAAACAAAAAUCGAAAAAAAAAAGAAUCUCCUUUCCAAAUUUUGGCAACAACUGAAACAACCACAACAACAACGGCGACAACAACAGCAGCAGCUGCAGCAACCACCUCCACCACGACAACAACAAGAACAAGGACAAACUACCAGUAGCAAUGCCACGCCGAUAAUAAAAGAAGAAGAAGAAGUAUUUGAAACACCGGUUGAUAUUGAUGUCGUUGUAGCUUCAAUACAAGAUGGGGAUCUUUCGGGUAAUGUUAGAAUUGACACUUUAUUAAAAUUUAAUACAGCGUAUUCAAUCGGUCAUAAUAUCGAAGGAACAAAACCGUUAUUGAUACAUCCGGCAAAUACUCCAACAACAGACAAAGAGUUUAUACCAAUGUUAGCGCUUGUUUUACAAGAUGUAUGUUUACAUCAUGCCACUAAACGUUUGUUCAUAUAUAACACAUUCCCUCAAAAGGAUAUUUUUUACAGAUUACUAAAACUGUUAAAAAUUGAUUUUCUUCACUACGACAAGUACACUGACUGGAAAGUUUUAAAUUGUGAUGAUAUCAUAGUUAAAAAUCCCUUGCAGAGUCAAAAUUAUAACCUGCUCACUACUAUUGAGGGAAGUCGUGGAGUUGAAGCAGCCGAAUGCAUCUGUAUAAUUGAAAGCAAUGAUUGCAAUUUAAAACAUUUGACGUUAGAAGCAAUGUCCAGAGCAACACAAAAACUGGUCCUUGUUUCAGCGUCCAACGUCUACCAAUCGGAUACAGUAAAAUCAUCAACUGGUCAUAUCAUCAGUAAAUUGUUAACUGAACAUUUGGUUGAAUACAAUGUAGAGGUCUCAAACGAUGAAGAUACGGAAAUACCGUUCACAAAGUCUAUGAAAAGUAACAGUAAAAUAGUUUUUAACAUAAAACCACAAUAUUGGAAAUUCAAAGAAAUGAUAAAAGAUUUGGAACAUGUUGGUUUUCAGGCAACGGCUGAACGCCUAAAUGCGCAUGAGAUCGUUAGAAAAAACCUUUAUCCUCCUGGAAAAGUGAGCAAUAUAAUUUGCUCAUAUUUGUCACCUAAAUCAUGCAUAUUGAGAUGGCAAAAGGACGCUAAUAAAUACACCGUUAGAAGACAAGAAAGUAAAAAUUCAACCUGGAAUAACUUAGCAACUGACAUUUCUUGCAAUCAAUACAUCGUUAAUGACAUGGUAAUUGGUGAAACGUGCAAGUUUUGUGUUGUUGCUAAAAAUCAUCUUGGUGUAUCUGAUGACAGCAUUGUGCCUUAUCGUCACGAACUUCCAAACGUUAAGGGUGUCCAAUUUGAAGAUAUCGUGAAAUCUAACGAUAUCGAGAAACUGAAAAAAUUACUAUCCAUUCAUCCAAACAUCGUUCACAUGAGAGAUGGAUGUGAACACACACCAUUGAUGUGGACAGUAUAUUACACCAACAAUACAUCAAUGGUGGAAAUACUCAUCUCAUAUGGGAGUGAUGUUUGGGCGGAAGAUGGAUUGAAACAAAACAGUUAUCAUUGGGCUGUAAUUCAUGAUCGUCACACAAUAUUAGAUAUGUUAUGUCGAUAUGAUGUAACAAACAUCAACCGUGUAGAUGUUCUCAACCGCACACCAUUACAUCGUGCUGCAAUUUUUGGUCACAUCUCAUGUGUUGAUGUUUUGUUACGUUAUGAAAAUAUUGAUGUGACGAUCAAAGAUAUAAAUGGAAACACAGCUUAUGAUGUUGCUGGAGGAUGGAAUGGACAAAACUGGGAAAUAAUAAGACGAAAAAUAAAAGAAUACGAAGACAUGACGAAGUGAAUAUUUCAAAUGAUUUUGUUUUGAAAAACAACAAUCAGUUUGUGAGAUGAGGAACGAGUUAUUUUUUAGUUUUAUUUUAUAUUGUAAUAAAUUUAUUUGUAGUAAAACGUACUGAAAAUUUUUCUGUUCGAUUUUUAUCAAGCCUGGUUUCGUUUAUAUUUCAUUCAGGAAGCGACACAUGUCAAAGGUCACGUGUUUUUUUAACUGUCUGAAACUUGCCGCAUGGUGCAAUGUAGAGUAAAUCUUAUUACAAACAUCAACUGAUAUACUUUCUCAACCUCGUCCCCAAGUCUUGUUAGGCCUUUUAUUUUUGAAGGCCUGAACAAGGCCCUGGCCCUGGCUGGUCACGUGACGACAGAAUACCCACGUAUAGUGGGUAUUUUGAAAAUAAUUAUUUGUCUCGCUCUUCCAAAAUAUACACAAGCAGUCAAGAAAAAAAUAAAAGAACUGACAGAAUUAUUUAGAAUGGUUAAAAUAAUAUUAAUAAGAAAAAAAUAUAUAUAUAUUUUAAUAUAAAUAUUUUUAUCUAAAUAUUUUUAUCUAAAUAUUUUUUACAUUGUAAAAACUAUUUUUAUAUACUUAUAAUAAUAUUAUUUAAUGUAUAAAAAACUGUUAAUAAAUAUUGUAUAAUAUAUUAAACAUUCACA